AUGCACAGUUCGAUAUACUUAACUGUUUUGGUUGUGUUAUCUUUGAUCUUGCCAGAUUUUAUUAAUUUGGUUACAUCAAACUUUUCAAUUAUUGAUGCAGAGCUUAAAUAUUACAGGAACAUGGGCGAUGAAUUAUAAAAAUACAAAGAAUCGCUUGUAGAAAGUUUAAAGGCAAAAUAUGAGUUGUACUACAAUCCUAGAAAUAAUGCAAGUUAAUCAUCAACUAACUGCUAAGAUUUAGAUAGCAAUUUAGCUAACAAAAACAUUUAUGACGAAAUAUUUCAAGAAACUUAAAAGCAAUAAAAUGAUAGUAUGAUUAGAGCAUAAGGCAGUGAUGAGGCUCUUUUUGAAAAAUUUAUUAACUAGAAAGUAUCAGACUUAUCGAAGAGAUUUGUAUCAAAGACAACAAAAAAUGAAAUCAUUUUAGAUUAAUAUAAUGAUAAAGUUUAUUUAGUUUCUAUCGAUAACAAGUUCCUCUUCACAGAUGAUUAAUCCUACUCAUUUGUUAGUAUUAUGGAAAUGUAAGAUGAGAAGUUGUUUGGGAAUAUUAGCUAUGAAAGAAAUUCUGAUAUUUAAUGGCGCUUAUGCACUCUUCAUAAGAUAAAUGGAGUUAUCAAGGAUAUUCAAUUUGAUACUUAGAAACAAAAUUUUUUAAUUAACUACAUAGAUACAUAGAAUCAAUCUUUUAUUCGUGUUUAUAACUCAACUUCUUUCUGCCAAAAAUAAAAGAAUUAGUUUUCUAGUUUUUAUAAAAAUGACAAUAAAAUGAAUGAUCAAUCAUCAGAACAGCAAGAAAGCGUCUAAACACAAAUGAAAUUUUAUUAAUAAAAACACAAUUUCAGAAUUGAAGACAUAUUUAAGCUAACAAAAGAAACAAAGUAUGACUAAAAAAAUUAUUUGGAAAUUCCCAUGAACUAUACAUAAAUUUUAAGAAUGACAUAUUAUAAAAAUUUAAUUAUAUACUCUUCUUUGGCUGAUCGCUCUCUUAUGAAGACAAUAAAAAUUUCAAACAAUUAGGAUGAAGCCUAAUUACAAAAAAUUAAUCUUCCUAAUUUUUCUUAUAUUGACAAAGACUAUGUGCAGGUACUCAGCAUAUAGGUAGUAGAUAUUUUAGAAGAAAAGGGAGGCUUUACAUAAAAAUUUAUAGCAAUAGUCCUGAAAGGAAACAGCGAAGAUGUAUUUAUUGAAUGUGAACUAUAUAAAACAAAAUUUGAUUAAAAUAGAGAAGAAAUACCUAAAAUUGAUAACACUAGGUUCUUUUUCAAUAGAGAAGAAGCUCAAACACUUUUUAGCAAAAAUGUUUCUCAAUAUAUGAGAAACAUAGACAUCUUUGAAAAUAAUUUAUUUCCUCAUGUGCACACAGCAUACAGUAAGAUGAGAAACAAAUUUGUUGUUAAUAUAUUAGACUAGUUUUUAAUACUGGUUGAUUUUUCCAUUCCUUCGAUGAUAGGAAUAAUUGAUAUUGAACCUACAAACUAUUCUAAACUAAUUAAAGAAGGUUUCAAAAUUAAAAAAAUGCACUUCUCAGAGAAUGGAAAUUUCUUAUGCAUCCUAACUCAGGAUUAAGAAUAACACAAUUAAAUUUUUUUACUAGAAAUGAGUAAAAUAAAUAGUAUCAAUAAAUUCUAAUAAACUGAAAUGUUUUAGAUUAAAGAAGUAAGAGACAGAAUUAAAAAUCAUAUUAUCAAAGACUUUAGUGCAUAUGAAGGUGAUGAAAAUGCCUAAUAAUUAAAUUCAGUACUAUUAUUAGAAGGAGGUGAAAUCUUGAACAUGAGUUUAUGCACAAAUUGCACAAACAAAUUUAAAAAAAGUGUUGUGAAGGAAUUAGUUGAUAUAUUUUCUACUCUUCUAAUUUCAAUAGGAUUCAUAAUCCUUUUCAUUUGUGCAAAGUAGCUUAUGGCGAAUAUUGAAGAAGAAUAAGAUGAUUACUGA